UGAGCCCUCUCAAUUUGGAACAUGGUGGGCGAUCCUGGCGUGCAGCAUGAAUCUGGCUGGCAGCUUGGGCCCUCUUAUUGCCACAGUGCUGGCCCAGAGUUACGGCUGGAGGACCAUCCUCUCCGUGUCCGGAUUGAUCUGUGUGGCGUCAUCCUUUGUCUGCCUGUUGGUCAUCAAGAACGAACCCAAGGAUGUGGGGCUACCUAGUAUUGAAGUGGCGGCCAAGAAGAGCAAAGGAGGGUCUUCCAGUGAUGAGAGCACUCUGUCUGAGUUCCUGCUCUCACCUUACCUCUGGCUGCUUUCCGUGUCCUAUCUGGUGGUGUUUGGGGUGAAGACAGCUUGCACCGACUGGGGACAGCUGUUUCUCAUUCAGGACAAGGGACAGUCUACGCUGAUGGGGAGCUCAUACAUGAGUGCGCUGGAGUUGGGAGGUCUCAUAGGCAGCGUGGCAGCAGGUUAUUACUCUGACAAAGCUGUGGCCAAACAAGGCAUAAGAACCUACGGCAAUCCUCGCCACUUUGUCCUGAUCCUUAUGAUGGCAGGAAUGUUUGUAUCCAUGUACCUGUUUCGAGUCACGGUCACUGCGGACAGCCCGAAGGUGUGGAUACUCUUUUUGGGUGCUGCUUUCGGUUUCUCCUCCUACGGUCCAAUGGCCUUGUUUGGGGUUAUAGCCAAUGAGAGUGCUCCGUCCAACUACUGUGGGACAUCACACGCUAUCGUGGCUCUGAUGGCUAACAUUGGUGGCUUCCUCUCUGGGCUCCCAUUCAGCACCAUUGCCAAACACUACGACUGGGAAAUGGCCUUCUGGGUUGCAGAGAUCGUCUGUGGCAUCACAGCUGUCUGCUUCUUCCUGCUGCGUAACGUUCGCACUAAGAUGGGUCACAUGUCCAAGAAGUCUGACUAAGAUGUCCUAAUUUCCCCACAAGAAGAUACAUCUGAAACCUU